GGCCGAUUCCAGUCGCUCGUCAGCCGCCGAGUGCACCGAGCGUCUGUCACGCCCUUGCGCGCAAUCUCCCAGCCAUGUGGUGAAGUGAAACUGUCAAACGUAAAAUACAUUUCAUAUACCGGUGUCGUUCGGUUCGGUUUGGUUUUGAUUGCACUUUUUACUUGUUGUGAUUUGUGUUGACGAAAGUGUUGUCAUUGUGGAAAUUUGGAUUACACGAACGAAUAAUGGCCUUAGCCAGGUAUAAUCAGCAAACCGCCCGCUCCUCUUGGUUGAAGCUCGGUUCAGGCAACGAGUGCGGCGGUGGAGGGUCGGGCGGCGGCGCGCCGGCCCCGCAGUCGGCGCGCGUGUCAUCCAACGGCGCCGGCGGCAUGGCGGUGAGCCGCGUGCCCAGCCCGCUGCACGACGGGAACACGCCCGUCGCAGAGAACUGGUGCUUCACACAGGUCAAAGUGGUGAAAUUCAGUUACAUGUGGACAAUAAACAAUUUUAGUUUUUGUAGAGAGGAGAUGGGUGAAGUGUUAAAAUCAUCGACUUUCUCAGCCGGUGCUAGUGAUAAAUUAAAGUGGUGUCUCCGCGUAAAUCCAAAAGGACUCGAUGAAGAGAGCAAAGACUACUUAUCGUUAUAUCUAUUAUUAGUGUCGUGUAAUAAAUCAGAAGUGCGUGCAAAGUUCAAGUUCUCAAUAUUAAACGCGAAACGGGAAGAAACCAAGGCGAUGGAGUCACAGCGAGCAUACAGAUUCGUCCAAGGAAAGGACUGGGGAUUCAAAAAAUUCAUCAGAAGAGAUUUCCUGCUAGACGAAGCAAACGGUCUUUUACCCGAAGACAAGCUGACGAUAUUCUGUGAGGUGUCAGUAGUAGCGGAUAGUAUCAAUAUCAGUGGGCAGAGUAACGUCGUCCAGUUCAAAGUACCAGAGUGCCGGCUAUCAGACGAUUUGGGAGCCCUAUUUGACAAUGAGAGGUUCUCUGACGUCACACUCGCAGUCGGCGGUCGGGAGUUCCAAGCGCAUAAAGCUAUAUUAGCAGCGCGGAGUCCGGUGUUCGCGGCGAUGUUCGAGCACGAGAUGGAGGAGCGCAAGCGCAACCGCGUGGACAUCACCGACGUGGACCACGAAGUGCUGCGCGAGAUGCUGCGCUUCAUCUACACAGGCCGCGCGCCCAAUCUCGACAAGAUGGCUGAUGAUUUACUUGCCGCUGCUGAUAAGUACGCGUUGGAGCGGUUAAAAGUGAUGUGCGAAGAGGCGCUAUGCCUCAGUCUGUCGGUGGAGACAGCGGCCGACACCCUCAUCCUCGCCGACCUUCACUCCGCAGACCAGCUCAAAGCGCAAACCAUUGACUUUAUCAACACGAGUCACGCGACGGACGUGAUGGACACGGCGGGGUGGAAGAACAUGAUCUCGUCGCACCCGCACCUGAUUGCCGAGGCGUUCCGCGCGCUGGCCACGCAGCAGCAGCAGAUCCCGCCCAUUGGGCCGCCGCGCAAGCGCGUCAAGCAGGCCUAAUCCGGCCGCUCUCAUACCAAAGACACGCCACUCGGCGCGCUAAGGCCACCGGCGCAUCUAGCUCGAAAAACGCGACUCAACUUGCGCACGCGCAACCCCAGCCGCGCCUUUUUCAUCUAGAUUUGCCCCAAGCGAGUCCGCGCCGGCUGAGCCAAGGUGGAUGUGUUCGUAUCAUUAGUGGAUCCUCGGAUUCAACCCUUCGUUUACUAUGAUUGAUCUCAAGACGAUAUUCGAUCC